AUGAGUGAAGCAAACAAGAAGAAUACUCCAUCAAAGAAGAGCAAAUUGACCACUAAGAGCAAGUCUACAACAUCAACAACAAUUCCAACAUCAGUACCAACCACUACAACAAAUGUUAUUAAAGAGACAUCCAUAACAAAAUCCGAAGAGACUCCUACAAUAUCCGAUAAUAACCAACCAAAAUUUACUCCUGGAAGUUAUGUAUCUGUUAAACAAACAACAUUCAUCUCUGGAAAAGUUUGGAAGCAACCAAAGGAACGAUUUUCUGUUAAAAAGACAGAUCUAAAGAAAGCUAUGAAAGGAAAAAAGAAAUGA